UACCUCCUCUCCCUGUCCGCAAACCAAAAACUACCUUCAAACUCUCUCUCUUUCUCGCUCGCUCAGACCUUCUCCAAGCUCGAAGACAGUAGUAACAAUGCAAUCCCCAUUUCUCCACCUCUGCAACGCCUCCUCCUUCUCCUCCUCCUCCGCUCGCGCCGUCCUCAAUCCUCCGCCGCCGCCGCCGCCGCCACUAGGGUUUCGCCACUCUCACAGCCGCGGCCUCCUCCUCCCCCUCCUCCCUCCGCUUCCUCUCCCUCUCGGUCCCCCGCGGCCCCCCGGUCCCGUCCGCCUCGCCGCCCGGAGCGGCCACCGCGGGGGCCGAGGCGGAGGCGGCGGCGGCGGCGGGAGCAAGCAGCGGGUGAGCGUCAGGGGCAAGAAGGACAACGUGUGGAGCGUCGACAACGACGUCGCCCGGGCCGCCGCGGAGAAGGAGAGGGCGAGGCCGAGGGCGAGGCGGAGGAAGGGGAGGAGAGUGGUGAGAGGGAAGCGAGGGAGGGACGGGAAGGUCAUGGCGUCCGGCGCCAUGCUGAUGGAGGUCGAGACGGUUCUUCAGACUCAGGAACCGUAAUAAGACCAGUAUGGAAUACAUUUGCUAGUAGCGUGAGCGGGAUAUGGAAGGGAGUGGGAGCCGUAUUUUCACCUAUCACUGCAGAAAUGGAACCCAUAGACAUCAGUAGUAAAAAUCAGAACCUCUAUGACUGCUACACACUUUCCUGUGUUCAGGCAAUUCCAGCCUCACCUGGAGGAUUAACAUCUCAAAUUCAGAGAAAAAUAAACUGGGUAACUCUGAAUCCCUAUGGUGAAAUAUCAUUGAACAAUGGGGGCAAUGUCAAAAGCAAAGAAGGGACUAAAGAUGGAGAUUCAAGUAAGGACCAAAUUGAUGAAAGUGCAGCAGAUCGUAAGCUGCCAAAGUUUGAUUCUUUCAACUUUGGAGCCAGUGAUCUGAUGGAAGAAGAUGUCAUGGGCUUUGAACCUGGUCUUGUUUUCUUUGAGGAUGGAUCUUAUUCCAGGGGCCCAGUUGAUAUUCCUGUCAGUGAAGUUGAUGGUUCUAAUUAUUACUUAAGCCCCACUUUCAAGUUUGAGCAGUGUCUGGUUAAAGGUUGUCACAAAAGACUCCGGAUAGUCCACACGAUAGAAUUCAACAAUGGGGGUGCAGACAUUCAGAUAAUGAGAGUUGCCGUUUAUGAAGAAGAGUGGGUCAGUCCAGCGAAUAUUCGUGAUGAUAGCGAUACGGCCUUUGAUGUGAAGCCAUUUUCACUGCGGAAAAGAACCCAGCCAUCGGAUCUCACUGGUUCCUGGAAGGUAUUUGAAGUUAGUGCCACACCGAUAUAUGGUGAGGAGACGGUCGCAGAAGAAGGCAAUGGGAUCCCAUAUGUCUACCUUUGCACCGAGACCUUAAAGAACAGGACCUUGCCUGAGAACUUAGUAUACUUUGGGGAGGAAGAGAUGCUUGACAUGCAAGACGCGGCCAUUCAUUGGUUACCUGGUGGCGUUACUAGUUAUGUUGACAUUAGUAAGGACGGGAUUCUUUGCCUCGGUGUAGGCUGGUACUCUGAUGAAGGCAUUAAUCUCGUCAUGGAGAGAGACUAUGGUUUGGAUGGGAAGCUGAAGGAAGUACGGUGGAAAUCCGAGUUAAAGAGAAGGUGGUCUAAUCCAAACGUAAAUAUGGACUGAGGAUUUUUCUUUCGCCUUGCUGCUUUCUACAUGAAGUCCCAUCCCUUUUAAAAAGAUUAACGUAGGUGUACAGAGUGCUUUCGGCAUAUUGAAGUUGGCGGUGGUCAUCAUGUUCUUCAGAGUUCACACCCAAUAGGCAGCCGAAAAUGUAAGUUGUAGGAAACAAAAUAAGCUUUGGGCACUUAAUCUCAGCGUGACAAAAUCUCUUUUUCUCUGAAUAUAAUGUCGAGUGAGUUUCAGGUGCCUGGAAGCACAUGUUUCCUUCUA